GGGCAUGAUACCCUCCUCACUUCAUGACAAGGCUGAAGCUAAUGACUCCUUAGUCACCCCGCAGACGCAUCUAGACCAAACUAUGCUCUGUACGUUAGAUGUGUCUGAAGCCUUAGAAGACUUAGAAGGCGAGUGGUCAAACAAGGAUCCUCGCGAGUCUUGGAUGGCACUCAAGAAGGGUCCUAGAGGGGAACAUUUCGUGGUGGAAGUGGAUGUAAGAGGCCGAAUAUGUGGUGCCUUCAUAGAUAUCGGAUCCACACGGAAUUAUAUAAGCCGCGACUGUUUGGAAAGGCUGCACCUACAAGACCGGGUACGGCACCUUAGUAGACCAGUAGCAUCUACUUUGGCCAACAAGGAGCGCAUGAUAGUGACAGACUACAUCAAGGACGUAGUUUGUACCUUCUCCUAUGGAGGAGGUGAGCUUAACCAUAAGAUCUCGUUCUUGGUUAGCGACGACUUGCCAUUCGAUAUGCUGUUAGGCAUGUACUACCUCGAAGUUGCUAAGCCCCAGUUCGACUGGGACAAGAAGGUGCUCAAACACAAGUUGCCCGAUGGCCGAACUGUCAGAUGGACCAAGUUCAAGGCCAGUAGUAUUAAAGAUACCUAUGGCUGCUUGUGCGCAUCCUCGUUCUUCAACUAUUAUAAGCAAAACCAAAAGGAGGGUAUGUACCUUGUUUAUGCCUCUGAGAAGGGGGAGGCCGUUAAAACACCCCCAGGGAUAGAAUGCGUCGUUGCUAAGUUCCCUGAUCUGUUCGAAGAGCCCUCAGGAGUUGUUGAUAGGGAAGUCGUCCACGCUAUAGAAAUCAUUCCAGGGAGUAAGACCCCAAAGGGAAGGAUCUAUAGGAUGGCCUCUGCCGAGUUAGAUGAACUUCGGAAGCAACUAAAGGAGCUGACAAAGAAGGGAUGGAUUCGGCCUAGUACUUCCCCUUACGGAUCUCCCGUGCUAUUCGUACCGAAGAAGGGGGGUACUUUGAGGAUGUGCAUUGAUUAUAGAGGCCUCAAUGCCAUCACAGUGAAAAACGCAGAGCCUCUACCUCGCAUAGACGACCUAUUGGAUAGGGUGCAGGGAUGCAAGUACUAUAGCAAGAUAGACUUGAAAUCCGGAUAUCACCAGAUCGCAAUCAGACCUGAGGACCAACACAAAACAACUUUUCAGACUCGUUAUGGUCUGUAUGAGUUUGUAGUGAUGCCCUUUGGUCUUUGUAAUGCGCCGGGUACGUUCCAGCACGCUAUGAAUCGGAUCUUCCAUGACCAUUUAGAUAAGUUUGUUGUGGUAUACCUUGACGACAUUCUGAUCUUCAGUAAGUCUGCCGAGGAGCAAGCACAACAUGUUGAGACAGUUUUGUCACUCCUGCGACAACACAAGUAUAAGGUCAACUUAGAGAAGUGUGAAUUUGGUCGCACUAAGAUACUACACUUGGGUCAUGAAGUAUCCGCGGAGGGAAUUAGGCGGGAAGAUGCAAAGGUGGCUAGUAUUCGAGACUGGCCACGACCUCAGAUAGUCACUGAGUUCAGGUCAUUCCUAGGAAUGUGUGGCUACUAUAGAAACUUCGUUAAGAACUAUUCUGCAGUCGCCUCUCCUUUGACUGAUCUAACUCGACAUGACACACCGUGGGACUGGAGUGAUGAGUGCGAGGGUGCUUUCAAGAGAUUGAAGAAUGCACUCAUGAAUCAUGAGGUCCUCAUGGUUCCCGAUCCGCAGAAGCCAUUCAUAGUGACCAUUGACGCAAGCCAAUACGGCAUUGGCGCGGUGCUGGCUCAGCAGGAUGGGAAAAAGUUGAGACCGAUUGAGUACAUGAGUAAGAAGAUGUCAUCAAAGAAGUUGGGUAAGUCCACCUACGAAACGGAACUCUAUGCUCUCUACAAGGCACUUGUCCAUUGGAGACACUUCCUUUUGGGAAGGUUCUUCUAUCUGAGGACUGAUCAUCAGACCCUCAAAUGGACCAAGACUCAACCGGCUCUUUCUGAUGCACUCAAGCGAUGGAUUGAUGUCAUAGACCAAUAUGACUUCAAGCUUGAGUACCUGAAGGGAGAGUACAACAAGGUUGCAAACGCGCUAUCCCGUAGAGCAGACUACCUAGGUGCGCUAGUUUCUGACUUUGGCGUAUCUAAUGAAGUAACUCAAUCAUUGGUGGGAGCCUAUCAGGAAGACCCUGUCACGAUGGACAUCAUCCGCAAACUUCAGGCAAAAGACAAGGCCACAGAAAGGCAGAGUGUUUCCAUGUAUUUCAUGGACACCCUGGUAACUAGCAAGAGUGGUAAGAGGCACAUCUUCGUCAUCAUAGACCGAUUCACCAAGUACGCUAGACUAGUUGCCAUGCCAGAAAGUGCGAGGACUGACCACGUCAUCAAGUUGUUUAAGGACAACUGCGUGCGGGACUUUGGUUUACCAAAGACUAUCGUUAGUGAUAGAGACGUCCGAUUCACAAGUGAGCUAUGGAAGAAGACUGCGGAACAAAUGGGCAGUCAACUUCAGAUGACUUCAGGGAAUCAUCCCGAAGCCAACUGACAAGCCGAACAAAUGAAUAUAGUUGUA